GUCAAGCUUGUGACUGGUCAUCGGUGGACGAAUCGUGUGAGCGGCGCUUUCCCAGUAAUUGGUGAUUGGAGAUCUCCAAAUAUUUAGCUGAUUAUUGGUUACUGUGUUCUAGUACCUUAGCCGCCUUUACUAAUUUUCGAAAAACUAUUUUCCGUAAUACUUUUUGCGAUUUGGGAAAAGUGUUUUGUGCCUUUUUGUAUAUCGGAGUUGCGUGAACGUAAAUCAAGAUGUCCGUGUGCUUCUUUGUUCCGGCAGCAGAUGGCGCUGGUACAUCGUCAGCGGGAGAGAGCUCGGAGCCCGUGCACGAGGAGCGAGAGUCGUCUGAUGCCUCACACGCACAGCUGCAGCACUUCUGGACCAAAGUCACGGAAGAUGUGAAGAAAGUUAAUGCGGACCAUUUCAAGAGCCAAGUGCUCCCGUUAGCCCGCAUCAAGAAGAUAAUGAAGCUGGACGAAGAAGUCAAGAUGAUAUCUGCAGAGGCCCCGGUCUUAUUUGCUAAAGCAGCUGAGAUCUUCAUACACGAGCUGACUCUAAGAGCCUGGGCCCACACCGAGGAUAACAAGCGACGGACAUUACAGCGCAACGACAUAGCGAUGGCGAUCUCCAAGUCGGACCAGUUCGACUUCCUGAUCGAUAUCGUGCCGCGCCACGAGGUGAAGCCGCCGACCAAACGGGAGGACCCGCCGCCGCGCCCGAGCGUGUCGCAUAGCGAACAGCACCACAUAAUACAGCACCAGCCACAGCAACAAACGACGCAGCAGACAAACUCCCCGCAAAUUGUUCUACAGCAACAAGUUGUUCAGAACUCGGGCGCGUCAGUGUCGCCGGCGCCGGGCGGCGUGGCGCAGCAGCCCGUCACGCUCGUGCAGCAGAUCGUCACGCCCUCUGGAGAGGUGCAGCAGAUGCCGAUCCAAUUAACGCAGAGCCAGCUGAACCUGAUCCGGAUGCAGAUGCAGAACAACCCCAACCAGCCCAUCCUCAUCCAAGCCGCGCAGCCGCAGCAGUCGCCGCAGAUCAUACAGGUGACGUCACAAGCGCAGCAGCCGCAGCAGCAAGUGUACCUCGCGCAAGUGGCCACCUCACAAGACGACUCGUAGUGAAUGCGAUACUAAAUACUACAGUGUUUAACUAUGUCAACUUGCCUGGAACACGGCUGAUCAUAACCUACUCAUUUCCAAAGCAGUUGCCGCUACACGGGGUUGUUAUCGUCGUAAAAGCCAUUAUAUGGCGAUUCGCUGUAAAUAUGGAGCUGUGAUUGGUGGUACGCGCAAUAAAUGAGUUUGUCGACGUCGAUAAUUAACCCGUGUAGAGCAUGCAGUACGGAUUUUGUAGUGCACUGUUUGAAAUACUGGUUUCUACAGACAGCUCUGAAAUUGUCCCAAUGUAUUUGUUGAAACACCUGAUGGUUGUAAAGAUAAAGUGUUAGCAAAUAAUAGGAACGAAGUGCUAUUGAUGCAAUAUCUUUGAGUUUCAAAUUAUUUUAACAAAGUACUUAUACAAAAUGUCUACAAAAGUUGAUUAGGUAUGUUAUAAAUAUGUAACUAACUCAACAAAAAAGUAUGGAGCCUUCCAGGCUAAGUAAUAAGUAUUUAGAAAUAAUGAAUGAAUGUAUUUUGAUGAUUUUUUGUACAUAUUGGUAAGUUAUUUAAAUAAAUCUAGUUAAAUUAG